AUGCAAAUCAGUGGCCUGCAAUAUCUGAAAUUCUGGGGUGGUACAGCUGAUCGCAACAACCGAAAGAAAGACACUAUCAUUUUCGUGGGAGCUGAAUGUGGUAUUGACCAAGUCAUGGUUCACUUUUGGCGAAAUAAAUGGCCUGAAACUUGCUUCUGGGAAGACUAUGAAGCAAUCGGAGCAGAAGCGAUGGCAGCGGUGGUAAAGGCUCAAUGGCCCUGCCAGAAGCUGCAAAAGCUAGCACAUAUAUUUCAAGAAAAGGGAAUUAGUCGGGAGAAUGCAAUAAAUUCCAUGGCAGAAUUGGCAUCAGAGUCUGAGGAAAGGAAGAAAUGUGCAUUUCUUCGGCUCAAUGAAGUUGGAAGCAAGUUUGACUAA